UGGCAAAAAAAUUAUUAGAUCUCGAGAUAUUUUCGAAAAAUGUCUCCCUCGACCAACUAGGAGUAUUAUUUAGUUUAAUGAAUAUCUUUUAAAAUAUGAAGAACUUAAUUGAUUUUCAACAAAAUAAUUAUUGCCUAUUGAUUUAAAAAUAAUCGUAUUCAAAUCUGAAGAAAAGAAACAAGUAUGUAAGGUUGAUUUUUUAAGUUGAAGAUUGUUAUCUGACUUGGCGGAAACUGAGAAAGACAGGAUGAUAAAAUGCAUACGUUUUAGAAGAAUUAGGAAGAUUAGAUGGUACAGUGACAAAUAGGUUACACACAGCCUGUUAUAGUUUGUCCUUAGUUAUGCAAUGAAACCACCAGCAACGUUUCUUGAGAUUUUCAAUUAACGAAAGCGUUCAUCGCCAGAAAUAUUAAAGAUCACCGGAAAGAAUUGUAUUCUGCACAAACUGCUAAUUACUUGUUGACACCUACGCCAUUUUUAGCUUUUAUUCUCUAAGGGGGGUCGUGGUUGAUGUGUUGCAACCAAUAUAAAGACACGUUCUUCGUUGAUUUUACACACAUAGAAUCGCGAGGAAACGCCAGCAUAGAUCGUCUAAAAACAUGUUUAAGAUUAUCGAUCAUCUCCUAAGUGCUUAAACUAUCGAGUAACUUUUUCUGAAAACGAGAUGCGCGAGUUAAUCGAAAACAUCGAUUCGAGAGCAAAGUGACGCGAUUUAUGUAACGUAUUUUUCGUGAGUGCAAGAAGUAUAGUUGAAAUCUUGACUAUCAGUUAUUAAAAAACGUUCGAAAUUCUGUUUUACCGAGACCGGUAGAUUUUCACUAGUUUAUCUUCAAAGAAGAAAGAAACUGUAAGUCUGUUCGAUAGUCGACGAUGAAAGCAAAGGACGAAAUCAUCGUUGUGCCUCGCAUAAGCAAGAAUGUUUCAACGGAGAACAUGGAAUUAGUCCCGGCGGACGUUUCCUCGGAAUACUCGAUCAGAUCAAAGAUCGCGUGCUCGAUUUGGCUAGAAAAGAAAGGUUACAAGUCGAAAAGGAUGCUGGCGCGAUUCCUUAGUACCAGAGACCAGGACCAGGCGACGAACGUGGAGGAUGUGCUGUUCGACAUGUUCAAAAACGAAGAAACUGGUCUUUUACCAGUCGGCAAAUUCCUGGCCGCUUUGAGGACGACCGGUUUACGAAACGACGAUCCCAGACUUCAAGAAUUUUCGGACAAUUUGCGGAAAGAACACCUAAAAAGCGGGGGCCACGAGGGUGUCUCGCACGAGACGCAGAAAUUGAGCAAGGAACAGUUUAGAAGGGUCAUAAAUCCUAACAUAGUAUUGAUUUCACGAGCAUUUAGACACCAGUUCAUAAUCCCGGAUUGGUCAGGCUUCACGAAACACAUAGAGGACUUUUAUUGGAAAUGCAAGUCAAACUCGGAGGGCAAGGUUGCCUCUUACAUUCCCCAACUGGCUAGAAUGAAUCCGGAUUACUGGGGUGUCUCUGUGUGCACGAUCGAUGGACAGAGGUUCAGCAUUGGGGACACGUCUAUUCCAUUCACAUUACAGAGCUGUAGCAAGCCCCUGACCUACGCCAUUGCUCUGGACAGGUUGGGACAGGAAGUCGUUCACCAAUAUGUCGGCCAGGAACCGUCCGGGCGGAACUUUAACGAAUUGGUACUGGAUUAUAACAAGAAACCCCAUAAUCCUAUGAUCAACGCUGGGGCGAUACUGGUCUGUUCCUUGCUGAAGUCUCUGAUAAAGCCUGAGAUGACUCUGGCGGAAAAAUUCGACUUCGCGAUAAAUUAUUUUAAGAAGCUGGCCGGCGGAGAGAACCUCGGUUUCAACAAUGCGGUCUUUCUAUCUGAACGAGAGGCUGCUGACAGGAAUUACGCUCUUGGAUUUUACAUGAGGGAGCACAAUUGCUAUCCUGAUAAAACGAAUCUGCGCGAAAUAAUGGAUUUCUACUUUCAAUGCUGCUCCAUGGAAGCAAACUGCGACACAAUGUCGGUGAUGGCGGCUACGUUAGCCAAUGGCGGUAUAUGUCCCAUCACCGAGGAGAAGGUCCUGAAACCUGACAGCGUUCGAGAUGUCCUGAGCCUGAUGCACAGCUGUGGCAUGUACGACUACAGUGGCCAAUUUGCGUUCAAGGUUGGUAUACCAGCGAAAUCUGGGGUUUCUGGAAGCCUAUUGGUAGUUAUUCCAAACGUAAUGGGAAUUUGCACAUGGUCGCCACCGUUGGAUCCUCUUGGCAACUCGUGUCGAGGUGUACAAUUUUGCGAAGAACUUGUCUCCGAGUUCAAUUUUCAUAGGUACGAUAAUCUAAAGCACGCGACGAACAAGAAGGAUCCGAGGAGGCACAAAUAUGAAACCAAAGGGCUCUCCAUCGUGAACCUUUUGUUCAGCGCGGCCAGCGGCGACGUUACCGCGAUGAGACGCCAUCGACUAAGCGGAAUGGACAUGACAUUAUCGGACUAUGAUGGAAGAACAGCCCUGCAUCUGGCUGCCAGCGAAGGGCAUUUGGACUGUGUCGAGUUUUUGAUCGAGCAAUGCGGUGUUCCACACGAUCCCAAGGACAGAUGGGGAAAACGACCGAUAGACGAGGCGGAAACCUUUGGGCACAUGCAAGUGGUAGAGUAUCUGAAUAACUAUGCUUUGGUCCGCAAAACGGAAUUGGAAAACGCGGUGAAGGAAACCGAGGGAGAGAGUACAGAGCCAAGGAAACACGUGGAAACCGCGGGUCAUACACCGUUACCUUAAACGGAGCUUCAGAUAGGAUAUUUUUUAUGGAAAACGGGCGUGUGAGAUUCAGAGUAUGAAUAUGUGGUCUAGGAUAGUAGGAAUGCGAUAAUAGGAACCAGAGGCCGCCGUGAUUCGAUUUAUUUUCGUACAAUGUUUUUACGCUUAACUUUCAAGUAUUAGCUUAGCGUUGACUCUCUGUAACCCGAUGUUCACUCACAAUAGUCUGUUCUUUUUUAUUCUAUUCUUCCGUUAAUAUUCGAUUUUUCCUCCUCUCGAGUCUCCAACAGCACAUACUAAUGUUUCCCAAACGUUAUUAAUCAUUAGACUGCGGAUAUUUAUGCAUGUAUGGGAUAUUUUAAUCCUGAAAAAACUACAGAAUGCAUUUAAUAUGCAAAAAUAUAAGAAAUACCUAAAGUAAGAUACGAAUUAUUAAUUCAUUAAUUCUAUUAAUAAAAAUGUGAAUUUGCAUAAAGAUCCGCAGUCUAUUAAUCAUAAAACACUUCAUCUCACGAUACAUGUACAGAACAUUUAUUUCUUUCCUGAAUUUUUGGGGCUAUUCAAUGAUUAAAUGCAUUUUAUCUAUGAAAAUAAAUAUAUUCUUUGUAAAAAAUGUUAUAUAUGUAUAUACAGUCGUAUUAAAACGACCCAAAAUUAUGAUUUUUAAUAAUACUGCGUUGUUAAGUUCAUAGACAUUAUUAGUGCGUGGCUAGUUUUUCAUAGAUGUCGUAAAAAUAGAGUCUACUUUGCCCAAGUAUUCGAUUAUACUUAUUAAUUUAUGCUGCUAUAUUAAUAACUGAACAAGAAUAAUGUCACUUUUUGGAAUAUAAUUAUAUGAAUCCUGAUAGUUAAAAUUGAUAAUUUCUCCUUUUAUCGAAGAAUAGUUUUUGUGGCAUUUCUAGUGUCAAAACAAUGGAAUAUUCGGGUUACAGAGGGCUAAGCAUGUUAGCCAAGUAUUACUCAGAAAGACGAUAACGGUCAUUUACAGUAUUAUUUGCACGAAUCUGUUUGCGUCUCGUUUUCUUCCGAUGAAAAGUGCGCAAACGUUCGCUCGAGUGCCUAAGGCAUUGUAAUAAUUUAUAACGAAAUCAUAAGUAGAUUAUAAUUGCCUCUUUUAAUGUAUUAAAUAUAGGUACUUGAUUAAGAGUCCGCGGAAGAUUGUACAAGGGAUGAAAUGAACACCGAAGAACGUCUUCGUAUCGAUAGCGUUUCAUUCAUUUAUGUGAUACUCGUUCCUAUUUACCUUCUAAUUUAGAAUACAUUCACAACUGCUUUCGAAGUAGAAACAUUUUUAUUUUUUAGGUAAAAUCUACGACCGAGAUCAAUUUACAAAAGUAGAAUGCGUGUCAAUUAUUUAAAUAUCCGUCGAAAAAUGUACAGAUUCGAACAUUGGUAGAAAGGGUAUAGCCGAAUAAGAUCUAUCAAUAGAGCACCAAGAAAAAACGUUCUGUGCCAAAUUUUAACCCUCUAUCUUGUUUGGAAGGGUAGUUAUUGAGAAAAUUCGUAUUAACGAAU